AUGCCGACACGAAACGAAGAACAAAGUACCCGGAUUACUAAGCCACAAACCUCACGAACGGCAAAAGCUCGCAAGCCACCGAAAUCACCGACAGUAAACGUUACCAAGGAGCUAACAAGACGAAUAGCAGACGUUACUAUGCAAGCAACAACCCGAAAAGUAGAAGUUACUAAGGCACCAACAACACGAAUCGCAGACGUUACUAAGGCACCAAAGUGUAAACAUCUACUUUUGCCCAGAUUUAUUUGUGAAGAAAGGUCAGGAAGGUUUGGAAAUCAGAUGUUCUCCUUUGCCUCAGCUUAUGGAAUAGCCGCCCAUCUUAAUCGGACUGUGCUGGUGGAUCGUUCAACACGUCUUAAUAAGGUCUUCACCCUCGAUGCCAUGAUGGUGGACAAGUGUGUCUGCGGUGAAGCUAAGCCGAAACAUUCCAAGAAGUGUUGCUCGUUUGACAAGGAUCUUUUAAAUCUUAAAUCAAGUGAAAAUUACAGAGUUGGACGUUUUCUUCAGUCUUGGAAAUAUUUCGAGUCCGUUGUGCCACAGAUCAAGAAACAGUUCACAUUCAAGCGAGAAGUGUUCGAUAAAGCGAGAAAAAUAAUUAUGAAAAUCAAAACUGAUUUCUUAAAGAAGCAUUCUGGAAUCAACGUUAAACCUCUUGAUGGAAAUUUCACAUUCGUUGGAGUUCACGUUAGGCGGGGUGAUAUUAUAAAGAAGAAAAAAGCUAAUUCCAGUUACUUAGUCGCUCCCAAAGAGUACAUAGAAGAGGCUAUGAUGUAUUUUAAUAAAAACUUUACAGAUGUUCUGUUUUUGGUCUGUUCUGACAAUAUGACCUGGACAACGGCCAACGUUAACCACUCAAAUGUUGUAUACGUGCGAGGUAAUUCGCCGGAAGUGGACAUGAGCGUGCUUAGCCAAUGUAAUCACACGAUCAUUACCGUCGGCACGUUUGGUUGGUGGGCGGGAUUUCUGGCAGGGGGAAUAACUCUGUAUUACAAACGCCCUAUCAAAGAAGGUUCCCGAUUAAGAAAACAAUUCUCGGACGACUAUUCUGAUUAUUUUUAUUCAGGCUGGAUUGGAAUCGAAUAG